AUGACGAGCGUAUAUCAACAUGGAACAACUUCUGCUUUGGAUAGUAAACCGAGCCUGAGCUCUUUUGGAUCAGGCUCGUCAGCAAGUACAUCCUAUACAACAGCCUCAUGCUCCUCGGCCGGCGGUCACUACCCCGCAUGUCCUCGGUGCGAAUCCUUACCACACCGGUACGAGGCCGAUUGCUCACCUGAUGGGCGAAGACCGCUGCGGCGAGAAACCCAUGUCAAAUCUCUUACAGGGCAACCUCUCCGCGGAAGGUGGGAACUCGAUACCAGCGAGAGUCCCUUAGCGCAUGCCGCAGCGCAUCCCAGCAAGACGCUCAAGGUGCUAUGCAAAAACGAUGCGGAUUUACAAUUGGAGUGUCAAGGAAAGGCGCUGCUCGAGGCCAGAAUUCAAAUCACCGGCCGUGGGUGGCUCCACCCACAGAUUGAGGCAAUCACGGAGUAUGGAGAUGGUGUCAUAGAGAUGGCUCGGCAUGGCUCUCAGCGGUUUCGCCUCACUGCAAGAACGCUCGGCGGGAACCUUGUCAUUCGAAUUCCUAGCGAUUUCCGCGGGAGGGUUGUCGCAAGUGUCCCAAACUCCGUCACGUUCUCACCAAAUGCAGCAAAACUCCUCAAUGGUCCACGUACGACGACGGUCGGACCAAAUGGUACUGUGGCGGAGUAUUCAACGGGGUUGCCCAGUGCCGAAGAAGGCGCGGACGGAAGACACUCGAGGUUCUUGGAUCUCAUCCACGUUUCUCCUGGAGGUGGAUCAGUUCGCGUAUUGGUUGGAGACGAAGGGCUCUUACGUGCUAGUGGAUUGGUAGCCGGUGUGUUGGUUGCAAAACAGCGGGCGGAAGAUGAAUUGGCCAGGCGGCGCUCACGCCGGACAUGA